UCUCCCUGUCCCCCGGCCCCCGCCCCUCGGAGAUGAGGCCAGGGUCGGCGCCCAGGGCCAGCCAGCUCCGCUCGCUCCAGGGCUAGACGAGGGCAGGGGCUGCACCCGGCAGAUGGACCCUCAGACCCACAAACCCAGCGACGAGAAGAGGAGCAGCCACCGCCGCUUGUAGCCGGUCACCAUGGACCCCCCAUCCUUGGACAUGGCCAUCCAGCAUGCCCUGGCGGGCCUUUACCCUCCUUUUGAGGCCACAGCACCCACUGUUCUGGGUCAGGUGUUCCGUCUUCUGGAUUCCAACUUCCAGGGGGAUGGGCUGAACUUCCUUCUGGAUUUCCUGAUCCCUGCCAAGCGUCUGUGUGAGCAAGUGCGUGAAGCAGCCUGUGCCCCCUACUCACACUGCCUCUUCUUACACGAGGGCUGGCCUCUCUGUCUGCGGGAUGAGGUUGUGGUCCACUUGGCACCCCUCAAUCCCCUGUUAUUGCGCCAGGGUGACUUCUACCUCCAAGUUGAGCCCCAGAAAGAGCAGUCUGUCUGCAUCAUGAUCAAAUGCCUCUCCUUGGACCUCUGCACAGUGGACAAGAAGCCUGUUCCUGAAUCAUCCUACUCUACACUUUUCACCCAAGAAUGGUUGGAUGGCAUCAACAGCGACUUUGAGGGAAGUUCUCUACACAACUGCCUGGUAGCUUCAGAAAAUGGGGUUGCUUCUUUGCCGUGGACCAAGAUAAGCAGCCCAGAGUUUGUGAAUGACAGACCCCGAGCAGUGAAUGUCCCUUCCCCACCCUGGGGGUCCCUUCCAUUAGAGGGAUUAGAUUUGAGCAGCCCUCAAGAGCUGCACCAGGCCAGAUGCCCAGACAACCAGGUGUUUCUUGCCCAGAGUUUGGCUGAGGGUAAGGACAGGACCCAUGGGAACAAGUAUCCAGGCCUCAUUAAGGUGGAGCAAGCCAGGCCUGAAGAGGUGGCCUUUAGGAUGGACAAUAUGGCCAGCCAGGACUUAGAGGGGGACUAUGUGGCUCUUCUGGACUUCUCCCAAGAGAGCAGAGGACACUGUUCCAGUAGGAAGGUGGAAACUUCCAGUGGGUAUACUCUUGGGGCACUGGAGGAAAUAUCUGGAAUAAAGGACAUUCUUUUCUCUCGAAAGAUGCUGCCUCUGUCAGAGGCCAGUGAGGGACUUUCCUCAGAAAAAUGGGCUUCUGUGAUGCCAGCAAGCUCAGAGGAGGAGCUCUGCACUUGGGGCUUGGGGAGAAAUGUCAACCAUAAAGCCACACCCACCCACCACUCAGAAUGGCAGCCCCAAGGCCCCUAUGUCAAUGUCCUUGAGGACCCCGUGGACUGUGCCUCUGGACUCAAGACAGGUGUCUCAGAAGAGCCAGCUGCUGCCAAAACACAGAGAAUUCUGGGAAACCCAGAGAAUGUGGUCCAGCCCAGGUCUGGACCAAGACAAGCUUCCUCUCCCAGCCUGUGCCCAGCUCUUCCUGUGGCUCCAGUCUCUGAAACAAAGAUGGAGGAGAAGACCACACAGGGAAGCAGGAGACUUCCCAAAGCCAUGACCCGCUCUGGUCAAAACACCUCCUCUUCUGGGUCCCCCAUUCCUGGGCUCAAGUUCUCAUUCUUUAAAGGGCAGAGGCAAUCCCCUGUGCCCCCAGAGAAGGCCUCACUACAGCAAGAUGGGCCUUGGAAAGUCUUGUGUUCACUCAACUCUCCUAAAUCCAACCAAGCCAGAUCCUUGGGGAAAGCUGGAACAACUCAGACCAAAACAUCAUCGGGCCCAGCCGCUGACUCAGCACCACUGACUGGGGAAAAGGCACAUUUCCCAGAAGCUUCUACAGGCCCCCCAGAAGGAGGCCCCACCCUGGAUGAGGAGCCCCCAGGGCCUGAGCUCAGGACUGGGGCUCUGAAUGUCAAGGUUUUCCACUCCAGGAUAGCAUGCCUGCCAGGUGGUCGAGACAGAGCCAGGAGGCCCCUGCUUCUGUUGUCAACUAUGGAGCAGGCCUGGGAGGCACCGUGGUGCACAGCCUCAGAAGUCACCAAGCUACUGUCCUACCUGUGCGCCAUCCCUAGGCCUGAAGAUAAUGCCAAGGGGCUGGUGGUCGUGAUUGAUGCCCGGAAACAGCCCCCACAGCCCAGUCUGGUCAGUGCCCUGCAGGCCACUCAGGUUCGGGCCCCAGCCUCUAUCGGAGCUAUACUCUACCUGGGGGAGAAGGCGGCUGCCCGGCAGCUGCAGACAUUACCCGACACCCAGGUGGAGGUGCUGACCUCGUUGAAGGCCCUCAGCCACCACAUGGACCCUGACCAGCUGCCUGCAGCCCUGGAAGGCCCCUUUCCCUACUGCCACAGCGAGUGGGUGCAAUUCUUCCAGAAGCUGGACCCUUUCCUUGCUGACCUCCGCAAAGCCUCCUCCCUGCUACAGGCUUCCAUCAAGGAGUUCGAGAAAGCUGACCCUCCUGGGGGGCUGCAGGAGGCCACCAGGUGCCUAAGCAAGUCCAAGGAGCUGAUGGAGGCUGUGCUGAGGGACCCUGGCCUACUGAGCCUCCAGCGGGAAGGUGGAGCCACCCUGGCCAGGCUGCGGCAUGAAGCCAGCAGGCUGGACUUCAACCCCGAUGUCAGGUACAGGAGCCAUCUGGCUGAAGCUACCACCUUGUACAGCCUUGUGGACGAGCAGCUUCAUGUCCUGGUCACUGUGUCCAACAACCUCCUGGGGAGGCUGGAGCUCCGUAUCCGUCUAGGUCGCCUGGAAGCUGCCAUCCACCAGGUUGGUGACUGGAUGGAGCAGGAAGGGAGCCAGUGCCUGCAGGUGCUGACCCCCCAGAACGGGAGUCUGGAGACAGUGGAGAAAGCCCACGCAGAGUUUGAGGACUUCUUCCUUCAGGCUGCCGCCCAGUACCACCGGGGCCUGGAGCUGUCCAAGCAGGCAGCCCAGCUGGGGGCUGCAGCCGGAGUGGCCAGGGAGGAAGGAGAAGCAGCCCUUGCAGAGCUGGCAGCCUUCACCUCCACCCAGCGGGCCUUCCAAGCCAAGCUGACCCACUUCUACAUGGCGGCCGAGCGGCAACGCACUGACCACGAGACGCUGCUCCACCUGCACCGCUUCUGCAAGAAGAUGACCUGGUUCCACAUGGACUGUCAGGACCUGAUGACCCAGCUCAAGCUGGGCAAGGCCCAAAGGGCCAGCCCCGGGGACCAGCGUCGUCUCUGCCGCUACCUGCACAGACUGGCAUCUGAGUUCCCUGCUGAGAAGCUUGUGGCCAUGGGGCUGCAGGUGGCCUCCCUGAGUCGGCCAGGCCUGGGCCGGCACCUGUGGGAGGAGGCCCGGGUCAGACACAAGGAGAUCCAGAUGCUCCUGAAGAAGCUGUAAGCUGCUGCCCUGGCCCAGCGCCUCCUGCUGCCCGCUCAGCACACCUGGAGUCAAGAGGGCCAGCUGCCAAGGGCCAGGCUCUGGAUGGAGAAGUCACUUCCAAGGGGAGGUGGGGCCUGC